UCUCCAUUUUCAUUUUAUAUAAACCCUCUUUAAACACUCUCUUUUUCUCCCAAGUGAGAGCUCUCCCCAACUCGCACACACUCUCUUCGUGUUCUCCGUCCGUCCCCUCUCUCUCUCUCUCUCUCAGAUCCAAUGGCUUCUCUUUCUCAAUCUUCUACUGCCUUCUCAGCUUCCUUCAAACCCACCCUGGCAUGCAGCAGCAGGGUCUCUAGUUUGAAAUCAGUUUCUUUUUCCAUUACUGGGAAGCGCUUCCCAUCUCUGACUUCAAGACCUGGACGCUUUCAAGUUUCCUGUUCGGCCAAACCAGAGACUCUUAACAAGGUCUGUGAUAUAGUGAAGAAGCAGCUGGCUUUGCCUGAUGACACAGCUGUGACCGCAGGCUCCAAGUUCACUGAACUUGGAGCUGAUUCUCUUGACACAGUUGAGAUUGUGAUGGGACUUGAGGAGGAGUUUGGUAUCAGCGUGGAAGAAGAAAGUGCUCAGACCAUUGCCACUGUUCAAGAUGCAGCAGAUCUGAUUGAGAAGCUCGUCGAGAAGAAAGCUUAAUAGUAGUCUAGAGAGAGAACCAACACAGACCUUUGGACCUUUUUUCUUUCUUCCUUCCCUUCUGUUGGCUUUUCUAUCGUUUUUUCUUUUCUUUCUUUUUUUCUUUUUGUGAGUUAUGUUAGCAUUUUGGUACUUAAAUUGUCCCUAUCUAUGGAUAUUGUGGCGUUCCUAAUCUGAAGAUCCCUCAUUGUGUUAA